CGUUUGCUUAUUGUUAUUUGUACGUGUGGUAACACAGAACUGAUGUCAGAAAUUAUGGCAGAUGAAAAUAUUGUGAAAAAGAAACAGGAUCAUAAAAAUCCGAAACGUUUUCCAAAUAAAAAACAUGCUAUAAAGAAGCGAUUGCCAGUUAGACCUAUAGAAGGCGACAAUGUAAUAUAUGUAACUAAAAAGACUAAUUUUAAGGCGCAACUAGAUAAAUGCUGCGAUCUACUUACUAAGGGUGAAAACGAGAUAAUACUACACGGAUUAGGCGCUGCUAUUCAACGAUGUUGCAAUCUAGCGCUACAGCUGGAGAUAUUGUUCUCAGGAACCUGUCAAAUUGAAGUUAAUACGGGAACCGUGGAUGUAAUCGAUGAUCUGGAACCGUUAACAGAUGAUGUAGAUUUUGGGGCUCAAGUCAGACACACAUCCUCUAUCCACAUUAGAAUAUUCAGGACAGCAUUACUUGGUGCCAACAAGUAA